GUUUAAACACUGGGCACUGAUCAGGUUAGAGUGGGAGGGCAGCAGGCGGGAUCAGAAAGCCUCCAGUUAAGAAGUAUUUGAGGGAAGUUUUAUCUCCAGGGGCUGCAGUUUCCUCCACAGUGCUUCAGGAGAAGAUGGCCUCUCUGUGAAGUGACGGGGGCUCAGUCACAGGGCGACUCCGGAUCUGCCUUUCAGCAGGAGAUGAACAUUAUCAGGUGUCUCUCUGGUGUUGUGGAUAAAACUAAGUCUAUAUUCGUGAGGCAGUAUGGGGGACUGGAACUUGUUGGGGAAGCUGCUGGAAAGUGCCCAGGAACACUCCACCGUUGUGGGCAAAGUCUGGCUGACGGUGCUGUUCAUCUUCCGCAUCCUGGUGCUGGGAACCGCCGCUGAGAAGGUGUGGGGCGACGAGCAGUCGGGCUUCACCUGCGACACCAAGCAGCCCGGUUGUCAGAACGUCUGCUACGACAAGACCUUCCCCAUUUCUCACAUCCGCUUCUGGGUGAUGCAGAUCAUCUUCAUCUCCACGCCGACUCUCAUUUAUCUGGGCCACAUCCUCCACUUGGUGCGCAUGGAGGAGAAAGAGAAGCAGAAGGAGAAGGACCUCGCCCUCCAGACGGAGAAGCAGCAGCAGUUACUUGGCAACAAGGCCAAGAAGGCCCCGAUUAAAGACAACCAGGGGCACGUGCGUUUGCACGGCGCGCUGCUGCGAACCUACGUCUUCAACAUUAUCUUCAAGACCCUGUUUGAAGUGGCCUUUAUUGUAGCUCAGUACCUCCUGUACGGCUUCGAGCUCAAGCCCAUGUACACCUGCGAUCGCUGGCCUUGCCCCAAUACAGUGAACUGCUACAUCUCUCGCCCCACCGAGAAGACAGUUUUUAUCCUCUUCAUGCUCGCCGUGGCCUGCAUCUCUCUGCUGCUCAAUCUGGUGGAAAUGUACCAUCUCGGUUUCACAAAGUGCCACCAGGGCCUCCGUUACAGACGAGCACAGGCUGCAAAUGAGGCCUCCAAGGCCCUAACCGAGACGGUCAUGCCCUUUGUCCCGAGCUACAACUACUUUGCCGGUCAUCCCGCGGUGCCGGAACAUUUCCCUGCGGACUCCAAGUACAGCAUGGCCGAGCCGAACUCUGCUUACAGCCCCUAUAACAGCAAAGCAGUCCACAAGCAGAACAGAGACAACUUGGCCGUGGAGAGGAAAGGAAAAGCAGAGGGAGACGACACGAAGGAGAGGAAAACCUCCACCCCUGCCUACGAGUCGGCAAUUGAAAAUCAUCGCAGAAACAGUCAGUCGAGCAAGCACAGCAACAACAAGAGCAGGCUGGAUGACCUGAAGAUCUAACGGGAUGUUGCAUUUGCCUGCAGUAUAACUCUGCCGCUCACCGGACGUUUUAAUGUGAGAGGUCAUCAGAAACAGGCUUUAAAAGGACAUGCCCAUAAUUGGUUCUCAGAAAGCAAGAAAAAGCAAGAAGCAGGGUUAAAUAUGGUGAUGAAACUUUUACUCUGAUGUCACCACGAGUUUGAUGGGUACAGCGUCGAAGAUGAUGAGCAAAGGAAGAUCCUGAUUGAAGUCUUAAUUCCUCUUGUGGUAUCAAAAUGAUGAACUGCAUUUGUCGCUCUGUCUACAGUUUUGCUCCUGAAUCUUUUUGAGAUUUUGACAUGAAGAUUGAUUAAACAUUUUGUCACAACCGUCUUGACAUUAAUAAAGUCCCAUACGUGCAGGUGACAGAGAUGCAGACGACUUCAGAAUUGUUUUGUUUACAAGCAAUUUACUUUACUUUAUUAAAAACAAAAGCAAAAGCUGUCAAGAUAGAAACGAGUGCAGUUUGAAUAUGUGAAAUGUUUGUUACGAUUCUUUGUAUAUAUGGAGCAUGUACAGAGCAUUAUUUAAAUUAAGAAUGACACAACUAAAUGGUAAAAUAUGAAAUGUAGAUUAGAUGUCUCAGAAGCUGUGAUCUUCUCAGGGGACUGUUUAUUCGGACUUUUGCAAAAGAAAAAACAUUUGUUGACAUAUGUGCAAUUAUUUGUGACUGUGUAA